UUGUAAUCAAAUAUGAAAAUAGCCAAUAGGUUAUAUGCAUAUAGAGAAAAAAUAAAACAUAAACGUUAUCAUUUUUUUUGAAAAUCACUAUUUUUAUGAAAAUUCGAUCAUAUAAAUAUUGAUAAUAUAUAUUUAACUCAAUGAUUACUAUCACUAAUGGCUCAUCACUAAUUUGGUGUAAUUUUAGUUAAAUUUUUUCGUCAAAAUAGUUGGAUUCAUGGCUGACGAAAACGCUGAAAUGAUUGAAGGAGAAAGCAUGAACUGCGGUGAAAAUUUGCCAGAUGUUGUAGCCAGUAUGGAGAUGCUUACUGUAGAAAGUGAUGUUUCAGUCCCUAAAUCAACGAGAUAUUCGAUGAGGAAGCGUGUAAAUCGUUCUACAUCUUCAGAGAUCCUUAAUAGAAGGUGUAGUUUGAAGCCACAAAAGAGAAGUUAUUCAGAAAUGGAUACUGAUGGUAAAAUACGAGACUAUUAUUUAGACAGAAGUUUGAAAAAAAAACCAACAACGACUUUGGAGACAAUAUAUGAAGAAAUAGACGGAAUGAGUGAAAAUUCAACUGUGAUAAGUGCCAGAAAAUUCAAAAGAUUGAUACAGUUUAGUAGUGAUUCCAAAUCUAGCGAUGCAAAAAUAAAAAAACGAAAAGCCAAAAUAAAAAGAGUUUUUGGUUCAAAGUUUAAACUUAAAUCUGGAAGCGUAUCAAUGCAAGCUUUAAUUAAAAAACUAAGUGCUAUCAAAGCUGAUGCUAUGUCCCCAACAAAUUGAAUUUCUUUAAAUAAUUCAACAGUAAAUCAUUUUUCUAUCAAAAUGUAAAUAGGUAUAAGUUUAAUAUUCAAUAAGUAAUUUUGUAAUGAUUUAUAAUUAAGUUCUUUAUUUCUAUCAAUGCUAAGACUGAAAAUGAUUAUUUGUAAUUCGAGGUAAGAGAAUGAAGUGUUUUUAAAACUUUUUAUUCUUAAUAAACAAUGCUAAUAGAUUCAAAUGCAAACUUUGUGGAAAUUUAAUUAUAUUCAAAUGAACUCUUGGAUCUUUAACCUGUGAAUUUUAAAGUAAAUGACUGUCGAUCUAUUCGAUAGUAUAUUGGGAUUUGAUGUUAUUUUCAUUGACAAUUAAAAAAAAACUUUAUAUCGCAAAAAUGUGUACUUUAUU